ACGACAUCUCCGAAAGUCGACUCCUGUGCUCGCAACUAGCAAACACGAUGGACAAGUGGUUCCCGCAAUUGAAGCAGACGAAGUGCGGCGCCGACGCGCGCCUGCGCCUCGUGACCUUUCCCAACUCCGGCAGCGCCGAGAACGUGUACACGGGCGCCGACAAGACGGCCUUCGGCGGCGCGUCGGGCCGCCGCGACAACGAGCUCAUGGUCUGGGCGAAGAAGACGAAGGUCGAGGUCUACGCGGCGCAGCCGCCGGGCCGCGACACGCGCAUGCGCGAGGAGUGCCUGCCGUCCGCGGCGGCGAUCGCGUCCGCGGCGUUCGACGUCUGCGAGAAGGACCUCUUCAAGGGCGGCGUGCCCUGGGCCAUCUUCGCCCACUCCAUGGGCACCUGGGUCGCCUACGAGUUCUGCCUCCUCGCGCGCGCCAAGGGCCACCCGGCGCCCACGGUCCUCGUCGCGUCCGGCUUCCCGUCGCCGACGUGCCCCAUGGACAAGCGGCCCUGGGCCGUGUCCAAGGGCAUGAGCGACGACGAGUUCAAGGACGAGGCCCGCGGCUGGUCCAUCAACGAGGUCGUCUUCUCCGAGGGCAUGUGGAAGAUGUACAAGACGCUGCUCAUGGUCGACUUCUCCUGCUUCGACGCCUACCCGGAGUGGACGGGCAAGAACGCGCCCCUCGACUGCCCCGUGCGCACGUUCUACGGCAGCGACGACAAGCGCGCGACGAAGGAGCUCGUCUCGGCCUGGAGCGAGGUCACGAGCGACUGCAGCGUCAACGCCCCCAUCAAGGGCCACCACCUCUUCGUCUACGACGAGCCCGCGCGCGCGACCUGGUUCAAGGCCGUCAUCGGCGACAUCGAGUCCUUCCAGCCCAUGGCGCCCCUCAAGUCCUACCUCUGCACGGCCAAGAAGGGCGCGGCGGUCCGCGCGGGCUGCGAGCUGAGCACGGCCCAGGUCCAGCCCGAGAUCGACAACGGCUGGCUCGUCGACGUCAGCGAGGAGCAGGAGAACUCCAAGGGCACGGUGCGCCUCCACAUCGUCGCGUACACCAAGGCCGACGGCGCGAAGACGGCCUGCGACUGCUGGGGCUCGAAGAAGCUCUUCGAGUUCAAGGGCACGGUCGAGGCCGCGCCCGCCGCCGCGCCGCCCGCGCCGGCCGCCGCGGCCGCGGAGCCGCCGAAGGCGCCCGCGCCGGAGACGCCCGCGGCGACGGCGCCGGCCGCGGACGCGGUCACGGCCUUCGCCGGCACGACGGCGACCAUGCACACGGUGACGGGCAAGAACGGCGCCAUGAUGCGCGCGGGCUGCGAGCUCGACACGCCCGAGCUCGGCGUCACGCUCGAGCAGGGCACGGAGUGCUACGUCGUCGAGGAGGCGAAGAACGCCAAGGGCUCGCUGCGGUCGCGCAUCGUCUGCUACACGGCCAACGGCUCGCCCUACGCGGCCAUCGACGGCUGGUGCACGGCCAAGUUCCUCACGGUCGUCGACAAGACCAAGGUGCCCAUCCCCGAGGCGGGCAGUAAGCCCUUCGCCGCCGUCUUCGCGCGGCCGACGGACUCGGGCAACGUCAUGCUCUUCCCGGGCCAGGGCGCCCAGAAGGUGGGCAUGCUCGCGCCCUACGCGGACACGCCGGGCGUCAAGGCCAUGUUCAAGGAGGCGUCGAAGAUCUUCGGCUGCGACCUGCUCGAGCUCGUCGAGAAGGGCCCCGUCGAGAAGCUCAACGACACGCGCUUCUCCCAGGUCUGCGUCUUCCUCACGUCCAUGGCCGCCGUGAAGAAGCUCCAGCGCGAGGACCCCAAGGCCGUGAACAAGUGCGCCGCGACCGCGGGCUUCUCGCUCGGCGAGUACAGCGCGCUCACGUUCGCGGGCGUCAUGGAGCUCGACACCGCGCUCACGCUGCUGAAGAUCCGCGGCGACGCCAUGGGCGCGGCCUGCGACCUCGCGCCGUCGGGCAUGAUGACCGUCGUCGGCUUGGACGACGACGCGCUCAAGAAGAUGAUGCCGGAAGGCGUGUCCAUCGCGAACCAGCUCUUCCCGAAAGGCCGCGUGCUCAGCGGCUCCAAGGAGGGGCUGGCCAAGGUCGAGGCCGAGGUCAAGGCCGCGGGCAUCGCCGGGUCCAAGACCAUCGUCCAGCCCGUGUCCGGCGCGUUCCACUCGCCCUACAUGUCGACGGCCGCGGACAAGCUCAAGGAGGCGCUCUCCACCGCGCGCCUCGCGGCGCCCGCGCGCGUCGUCUACUCCAACGUCACGGCCAAGCCCCACGACAAGGACGUCGAGUCCAUCAAGGCGAAGAUGUGCGAGCAGCUCAUGGCCGGCGUGUUAUGGGAGGACACGAUCAACGACAUGGCGAAGCGGUUCCCGGACGUCGACAACUUCUACGAGCCCGCGCCGGGCCGCCAGCUCACGUCCAUGAUGCGAAGGAUCGAGCCCAAGAACCAGCCCAAGAUGAAGAACGUCUAGGGUUCUGCUCCCCCGUUUUGCGCGCCCCCGGCGACGCGCGAGCCGCCGCGGGACCACCAUUCCCGCGCGCCGCGCGCGCCCCCGACUAACGCACGCGUUAGCUCCC